GCUUUGUGCCACUAUGCUGAGUUGGAUGUGUGCUGCCAGGUUCCGUGCACUCUCUUGCCGUAGGUCGGCUCUGAGCAGCGGCACUGUCUCGGUGAGCCUGCUGUCGGCCAGGUUGCCUCCGUCGCCGUCAUGUCGUGCGCCCGUCUGAGCGGCGCGUCUCGCCGCCGGCAGAGUUCCAGGACCCGUACGGCAUCGUGGUGCUGCUGCAGAACGACCUGGUGGUGGUGGACCUGACGUCUCCUGGCUACCCGUGCUUCGAGAACCCGUACCCGAUGGACCUGCACGGCUCGGCGGUCACCUGCUGCACCUACCUGGCCGACUGUCCCGGCGACCUGGUGCCGGCCCUCUACAGUGUCGGCACCGCCAAACAGAACAGGACCGGCUUCAGUGAGAAGGAGUGGCCGAUCACGGGAGGCAGCUGGGGCACCGGAGGCAACAGCUACCCGGAGAUCGUCAUCACCGGGCACGCCGACGGCAGCGUCAAGUUCUGGGAUGCGACAGCCGUCACCCUGCAGGUGCUCUACAAACUGAAGACAUCCCGCGUUCUGGAGAAGCAGCGCCGCUCCCAGGACGGCGAGGCCGAGGACCAGCUGGCCGUGCAGCAGGUGGUCAUCUGCCCCGAGAGCCGGCAGCUGGCCGUGGCCGGCGCCUCCUCCUACGUCAUCCACUUCCGCUUCAGCAAGCACGAGAAAACAUCCGAAAUCCCGUGUCUGGAGAUUCCGAUCGUGUACGAGGCGUACGGCGAUCCGGACCGGGCCUCGCCGGACGGCGAGACCUCGUCCACGCUGCGACCCGCCAACUCCAUCAUCGGUGACAACGGCAGAAAGGCGGAGCUGACGCUGCCGGUGCGGUGUCGGACGGGGCCGGUGCGCCGGGGGCCCGGCUACCAGGCCGAGCUGGUCUGCGUCACGCCGUCGGUCAACGGCGAGCCGCCCGGCGCCAUCAGCAGUCUCGCCAUCAACUCCGCCUACGGCCUGAUGGCUUACGGCAACGAGAGUGGCCUGGUGAUCGUCGACACGAUGCAGCGGACCUGCCUGCUGAACCUGGGCACGCCGGACCUGUACGGGCCGGCCGACCCGUACCAGCGCGCGCCACGCUCGCCCAAGCAGCGCGCCGACGAGGACCUGGGCCUGUCGCCGGACUCCGAGCAGAUAAACGGGCUGUGCCUGUCGCCGACGGGCGGGAAGCAGCCGGGCGGCGGCAGCGUGUCGCCGCGGCCGCCGGACGCCCGCCGCUCCCGCUCGCAAGAGCGCCUGGACAGCCAGCAGAACGCGUCACGCAGCAGCAGCCUCAGCAGCCUGGAGAAUGUCACCUCCGAGGCCAUUGUCUGCCUGCAGUUCGCCGACACGUACACCAAUAAAUCCGAAUCUUCCACGCUGCCGAGCCUGCUGGUGGGCACCUCUCUCGGCAGCACCCUGAUUGUGCAGGUGGCGAUCCCACGCAGCGGCGAUCGGCUCACGCAGGGCGUCAGUGUCGCGCCGACAGGUUCCAUUUUCCGGUUGAGUGGUGUUAUGCAGUGCAUCGGCCUGCUGGACAGCAGCGGAGCUCGGCUACAGGCGGCCUUCGAGCCGUGGCGGGACGGCGGCAAGGAGCGGACUCGCACGCCGUCACGGCCGACGGUGAGCUCGUCCGGCUCGAUCAGCGAGGUGGGCGACGGCCAGCUGCUCGUGCUCGUCUCGGACAAGCAGGCGCGCGUGCUGGCCACGCCGGCGCACAGCUGCCUCUGCAAGCUGCAGAUCACCGACACAUCAUUCGUGGUCCGCGCUGACAUCGUCUCUCUGAAAGACAGCGUAUGUCUGGUCUGCUAUCUGGCCAACGGCCGUCUCAACACGUACAGCCUGCCCAGCCUGCGGCCCCUGCUCGAGGUCGACUUCCUACCGCUGAACGACCUCAGUUUUCAGACGACAAAAUCCGCCAUUGCCGACCCAAUGCUGGCCAUAUGGGGUCAACAAAUGUUUGUUAACGAAGACACCACGCAGAUGGCGCGCACCUUCUGCAUCAGCAACCACGGCCACGGCAUGUACCUGUGCUCGCCCUCCGAGGUCCAGAAGUUCACCAUCUCGGCCGACUUUUGCACCCAGCUGCAGGACAUGGUGGGCGAGCUGUUCCUGGCGUGCGACACGCCCGAGCCACCGCAGCAGAGCUUCUUCAAGGGCCUGUUCGGCGGCGGCGUGCGCUCCCUGGACCGCGAGGAGCUCUUUGGCGAGACGUCAGGCAAGGCGUCGCGCAGCGUGGCCAAGCUACUGACGGGUCCGACAGCGCAGGCGGAGCAGCUGCAGGCGCGCGUGGCCACGAGCGGCGGCGAGGUGGGCCGCGCCCGCCAGCUGAUGGUCGAGCGCGGCCAGAAGCUCUCCAAGCUGGAGGACCGCACCGAGCAGAUGAUGGCCGACGCCGACAACUUCUCCUCGACCGCACACCAGCUAAUGAUGCGCUACAAAGACAAGAAGUGGUACCAGCUGUGAGCGGCCGGCGCGGGCGGUGCUGGCGCCUGGACUCGGCGGCGAGCUGCUGUUGUACUGUAGGGGUGAUAUUGGGCGGUCGAGCCGGGCGCCGCCGCCGGGCUCUCUACCCUCGCGUCGCGCGCAUGGACCGAUUUGUGCAAUAAGGACGGCAUGCGUGGCGGGAUGGGCUUCGUGCGUUGUGGUUGUGCCCUUACCGAGGCGGGCAGGUGUUUGUACUAGUCCGGCCCCGGUCGGCGGGCCUGUGGUGGUCGCGUGGCGGGCGCUCUGUUGGAGCGAUUUUAGACUGGACCACACCUUCACGGGCCAAUUUCACCUCCCCCCCCUCCCCUCUCGUGCCCCUUGAAGUAGGCCGUGCGGUCUGUAGAGUGUCUCUGUACACCACUGUAACUUCCCAGAUCUGGC